GAAGCAUGCUUUGCGUGGUGUGCUCUGUGUUUUCACAUGGGCAAACUGCCAUUGAGGAAACAAUGCUAUCCUGAUCACAAUACAUGCUGGAAAAUGCUCAGUGGAGCAGUGCGGAUAUACAGCAGCCAUCCACAGACUACUUACACGACUCCUUCACCCGCUGCAUGCUUUAAAUAAAGCUGCUCUGCUGCUUUGACCCGCAACUGACUUCCCCUGACCCACAUUUUAAUUCGAAAGGUAAUGCUUAGUCUCAGAAAUGCCGUACGUAGAUCGUCAGAAUCGGAUCUGUGGCUUUCUAGACAUCGAGGAAGUGGAGAACAGCGGCAAGUUUUUACGACGCUAUUUCAUUCUGGACACACUGGAAGGCAGCCUGAUGUGGUACAUGGAUAAUCCUCAGAAUCUUCCAGAAGGAACAUCCAAUGUCGGCUCCCUCAAACUAACAUAUAUAUCCAAGGUUAGCGAUGCCACCAAAUUGCGACCGAAGGCGGAGUUCUGCUUUGUCAUCAAUGCUGGAAUGAGGAAGUUUUACUUGCAGGCGAAUGAUAAGCAAGAUUUAGUGGAGUGGGUCAGUGCACUCAACAACGCAACCAAAAUCACAGUGCCGAAGUCAGGUGAGCAGGUGGCUCAUAAUACAGCAGAAGCGUGUGUGGACACGUCGGCUGCAGCAAAACAAGUGUCCUACAAGACCGAGAUCAUCGCAGGAGUGCCCAUCAUCACUACCACACAGGAAAAGGGCGAAGGUCAGAAUGGUGCGGACCGGAGCGGGGUGAGGAAACCUCAGGGUCCGCUGCCGUAUUACUUGAGCCGGAGUAAUCAGGACCAGUCUAUCAUAAAAUAUGGAUAUUGUGUCAAACAGGGAGCUGUGAUGAAAAACUGGAAAAGGAGAUAUUUCAUGUUGGAUGACAAUGCACUCAGCUACUUCAAAUCAGAAAUGGACCGUGAACCGUUACGAGUUGUUCCUCUGAAAGAAAUCAAUAAGGUUCAGGAGUGUAAACAAAGUGACUUGAUGAUGAGGGACAAUCUUUUUGAACUGGUUACUACCUCAAGAACUUUCUACAUUCAGUCGGACAGCCCAGAGGAGAUGCACGGCUGGAUCAAGGCUAUCUCUGGGGCCAUAGUGGCCCAACGGGGUCCUGGACGUUCAGCAGCCUCUGAGCACGCUGAACCCACCUCCAUCUUCUACUACAGCGAACCGUGUCUCCCAACUCCUCGCUCACCCCUCCCCACCGAACUCUAUUACCCAGAAUGCCGUUCCCCCUCGGGCCCUCAGCAUGGCGUGGGAGGGACCAGACCUGAAAAGCCUGCCAUCCGGAGCCCGAGCACGCCUGUCGCUCCAGGAGUCGCCCCAAAUCUUCAAGUAAAUGCUGAUGACUCAUCACCAUGGCAACGGAGAAGCGAAGUAACGCAGCCUCCGGAUUGCCCUAAAGAUAAAGAGCGGCAAGUUACCAAGGUGUAAUGAUGUACUUGGUAUAUUACACACACAUAUUACAAGAAACUAUUAACAUCAAAAGCAGAACAGAGACUCAGGAUGAAUGUGAAUCGAGCCCAUGGGAUAUGGAGGACUAUGGAAUUUUGAGUUUUUCAUGAUCAUUCUCAAGCCUUUCUGAAGAACUGUACACUAUUCAUAAACCAGACAAUUUGUUAAAGGGGCUAUAUGUAAGAAUUCACAUGUAUUAACACUUUUUUAUUGCCAAUUAACAGCGUGUAACGAAACUUAAAGGAUUAGUUCACUUUAAAAUGAAAAUUCCCCCAUGAUUUACUCACCCUCAAGCCAUCCUAGGUGUAUAUGACUUUCUUCUUUCAGACGAAUACAAUCGGAGUUAUAUUAAUAAUCACGCUGUAUCCAUCCAUCAUAAACGUACUCCACACGCCUCCGGGGGGUUAAUAAAGGCCUUCUAAAGUGAAGCGAUUUCACUUCGCGUCAGUUACGCUUUCUUCUUAAGUUGAAUACAGAAGGCGGUCUGGUGAAUGCUAGUUAUUUGACUUCAUAAUGUGUUAAAUAUGGAUAUUUUUCUUACUCAAACGCAUCGCUUCACUUCAGAAGGUGCUUAUUAACACCCCGGAGCCGUAUGGAGUACGUUUAUGAUGGAUGGUUGCACUUUUUUGAAUUUCAAAGAGGUGGAUUCCUUGCACUGCCAUUAACUCCAAUUGUAUUCGUCUGAAAGAAAAAAGUCAUAUACAUUUAGGAUGGCUUGAGGGUGAGUAAAUCAUGGGGUAAUUUUCAUUUUAAAGUGAACUAAUCCUUUAAAAAAACGAGACCUGCCCCGACUUCCUAGGUUGUUUAUCAGAGCCUGUAGAGUGCUUUUUAUGCGAAAGACUUGGGAAAAUCAAAACGAUGUGACAUUUAAGUAUACUUAAGGCCUGGGAAUACUUCAUUUUCCGCAUUUCGCUCCAUCUCAUGCACAGUUGAGUGUGCGAGCCUUUCAAAGUAUACUCCUUUGGCCGUGAGCAUGGAAAAACACAUUCGGUGGAUCUAGUGGAUUUUGUUUUCAAGCACUCAAGUCAUUCGCACAUGCGCUGUUGUACGCAGACCACUGUUGUACGCGCAUCACGCAAAAAAAAAUGGCACAUGGACAGUGUGACCCUCCUGAUAAUGAAAAUUACGUUGCAUGGAUGCGGAAAGCCAAUGUAUACUUUGGGCUUUAGGCCAUCCCUGUUCCGUGACGGUUCACGCACUGUCCCUGUUAUGUAAUGUCCGUUAUCAGGAGGGUCCGCGGACGUCCGCACACACUGUCCAUGUUAUGUAUUUUCCGUCAUCAGGAGGGUCCGCGGAUGUCCGCACACGCUGUCUAUGUCUGUCUCUUUUUUUUUUGCGCGGUGCGCGUACAACAGCGCAUGUGCUAGUGACUUGAGGAGUUGAAAACAAAUGCCAAUAAAUAAUGCACACACGCCGAACAGGUCUUUCCAUGCUCACGGCAAAGGAGUAUACUUUGAAAGGCUCGCACGCUCAACUGAGCGGAACGUGGAAAAUGAAGUACACCCGGGCCUUUAAGCCUUGUUUAUACUUUUGCCUGGCAUCGCACCGCGCGCGUCCGCUAACUGCAUGCACACCACUCCAAAGGCGUUUAUACUUGACGUAGUAUUAUUUUUUGAAACGACAGGGCUGACUAGGAGUAAUUGUCCUUUAAACCAUCAGGAAGCAUCAGUGAGAAGUAAGGUACACAUGUGAUGAUGUUUGUUUUUAUUACACUUCACCAAACCCACACUACAAAAGAACCAAAGAAUCGUGUAAAGAACCCAGUAAACCUUGAGAUUAUUACUUGUGACAUUAGAACGAAAUAUAUGGAUAUCAAAACACAUGUAUAAAACUAAAUUAAACAACAAUCUCUUAACAUUUUUAUUAACCAUGGACCUUUAUUUUCAUUAAAAGGGCUUAUUUCUGCUAGUGUAGGCUCAUUUUGGCACUGGGUGCCGUGCCGGUACAGACAUACCUGCUCGGCCAGAAUCGCCUCAAAGUUGUGCAUAUUACAAAAAAUGAAAGUUUCAAAAAUUAUUUUGGCGCAAAGUUACAAAAAAUGCCCUGCACACCACCACACGAAAUGGGGUCACGAGCAUGACCGCCCACAGCGCGAUGGCAUCAGUUUUGCCACGCGCACCUUUGCGCUCAUGCGGACACCGUGAGUAUACGCGUAUAUGCGCACUUUCUUGAAGCUCUCUUCUGUCAUUUCAAUGAUACGUGAAAUAAACGCUUAUACAAUGUUUAGGAUAAUGCCGAAAGAGCUAUUCUGUACAGUAAUAUCAAUGUGUCAUGCAAAGAAAAGCGAUUCAUUCAAACUAUAGUCUCACAUAGUCAGAUCUGUAUAUAGAUAACAGUCUCAAAUAUAGACCUAUUUUAUAAUCAAACUAUGAUUUAUUAAUUAUUAAUUACCUCAUCUGUCCACAUGAGGCUGGUGAAUUGCAGAGCUUGUGCAAUCAUAUUCACAUCGCUAGAACGAAAAAAGAACUUCGCCAUGAGUAUAUCAGGGCAUUGAAUCACGUUAAAGCGAUAGUUCACCCAAAAAUCAUUUACUUUAAGUUGUUUCAAACCUGCAUAAAUUUCUUUGUUCUGCUUUACACAAAGGAAGAUAUUUGGAAGAAUGUUUGUAACCAAGCAGAUCUCACCCCCAUUGACUGCCAUAGUAUUUUUUUUCCCUACUAUGGCAGUCAGUGGGGGGGCGAGAUAUGCUUGGUUACAAACAUUCUUCCAAAUAUCUUCCUUUGUCUAAAGCAGAACAAAGAAAUUUAUACAGGUUUGGAACAACUUGAGGGGGAGUAAAUGAAGACAUUUGGAUUAACUAUCCCUUUAGGUCUCUUGUAUGUUAUGUGUGCAUGAGUGCAAGCACGAGCAAUAAGUUGCUGGCUGCAGUUCACCGAUGUCGCAAGGGUUUCUGAAUUCUACAUAUAACCCCUUUAAGACAAAACGUUGAUAACAACAGCACAUAAUUAUUUUCCUGUUAUGGCCAAUAAGCGAUAUUAUGGCUGAUAUUAUUAGUCUAUUCCUAUUAAAUGUGGAUGUUUAGUACUUUUGCAAGGCUAUAUGGUUUAAAUUGGAAAAUAUAUUGUUUAAAUAAAAUAAGGUAUUUAUUUUUUUAUAAAUAUAUGCAAUAUAAAGAACUUAAUUAUUAAUAUUAUUUAAUAUAUUAUUAAUUAAUACUUGUUUCCAGUAUUGACCUAAUCAGACUGAUACUGAUAAAUUAAUUUUAAAAAAGCUUUAUUUUGCUUAUACCAAUAAGGCCACUGAUUAUCCAGCUUCCUAUAGGAUCAACAUGUCAUAAGUUCUGGUUGGUUUCAUUUGGAUUAUUCUGGUGCUUUUACAUCCUUUUUCUUGGGGUACAAGUUUAGGUUUUUUUCCUACAGUAACAUAUUCCUUCUUUAGAGGCCAUUGAUCCUUGGUGGUCUUGUGUUUAUUGUCAGUUGACUUUCAUUUUCUGUUUUGAAUGCUUUAUAUAUAAAUUGAAUUGGACUUUGUGGUAGUGUUUGACCACAACAACAUAGUAAUAGCUUCUACUGAUGUUCCGUAAUGCUGUAGAGAAUGUGUUUGUGUUGUUAUAUUUCAGAGUAACAUACAGCCACUUUUAUGGUGAGUUAAAGCUUUCUUUUGAGGGCAAGACUCUUUUUGGUAGAACUUAUGUUUAUCAGAUGCAUGUGAAUGCAUGACUCUAUAUUUCUACACAGAGAAACACUCCAGAGAUGUUUAAAAAAAAAAAAAAAAAACGGUUAGGCAAAAAGGUUCAGUUUGUUAGCAUUGGUUAAUGCUUUACAACAGGCUAUCAUGUACUAAUGAUGAAUGGUCAUUUUCCACAAUCGAGAUAAAUAUUAUUUAUAAAUUUUUCAAUUAAUGUUUGUACUUGAAAAAUCUUUGAGUUUUCAAUUUGAAAUGUAUUUGUUUAUGUGGAAUUAGUAGAACAUUAAUACAUGCUGUGAGUAUUUUUUUUUAUUGUUAGUUCAUUACACCUAAUGCAUUAAAUAAUGUUAACGAAUUGAACUUCAACUAUGAACAAAGCACAGGCAUCCGCAAAAUGCAGCUGUAUGGACCCUUUUCACAGACUGAUCAUGCAUUUGCAUGGUUAUUAACAUUGUAAAUCUUGUAAAGUUUUUUUUUUUUUUUUUUUUUUUUCAUGUAUUAUACUUUUUGCUACCUUGGCAAUAAAUUACAGAAAACUAGUUAACGGUGCUGCAUGAAUGUUUCUAAGUUUCCAAAUACACUGACUGAGGGAGUGAUGGCAAAUUUGGCAUCUUACUCUCUUCUGAUCUUUGUAAUCAAUUUCUCUCUUUUUUUUUUUUUUUUACUUUGGAAAGACAGAAACACUAUAAUGGAUUUUUUUUUAUUAUUAUUAUUUUGCUAUUUAAGCAAACUGAGAACUUUGGAAAUGUGAAAAGGGUUCAUAUGUUAGUAUUAGUGUGAAUGUAAACAGAUUCAGUGACCCCAAUGAUAAAUACUGUAUGUGGUUUGAUUGUGGAUUGAUACGCAUGCACCAUGUUGUUGUUUUUUUUUUUUUUUUUUUUUUUCUCUGUAAUAUAUGUAUUUGUCUUGUAUUUGGCUGGAAAAAUUAUUCACUUUUUAAAUGAGUCAAAAUAAUGUUUUUGCUUCUCUUUUAGGGUUAGGGUUUGAGUCAUGGUAACUCUAUAAAUAAUGAAUCAGCUUUAUAUAAAAACAAAAAGUAUUGAGA